GACUUGAGAGCAGGGGCGACUACUGUCAGGCGUUCGCUGACGAUGUUGUCCUUGUUUUCCACGGAAAUACAGCCCUAGAAAUUGAGAGGCAGGCCAAUGCAGCCCUCGCUUAUGUUCAGGAUUGGGGCGCCGACAACAAGCUCAGCUUUGGUCCAACGAAGACCAAAGCUAUGGUCAUGACUCGAAAGCUGAAGUAUGACGUCCCGAGACUGAGGAUGGGAGGGGUAGAGAUCGGCAUGUCCCAUGAUAUAAAAAUUUUGGGGCUGUACGUUGACAACAAGUUGACUUUUAACAAGCAUGUGUCAGAGGUAUGCAAGAAGGCUAUAAAAAUUUAUAAGCAAAUUUCUAGAGCUGCCAGAGUCAGUUGGGGCCUUCACCCGGAAAUCGUCCGCAUAAUAUAUACCGCGACCAUUGAACCAGUAAUUAUGUACGCCUCCAGCGUCUGGGCAACGGCGACUCAAAAGCUAGGGGUGCAAAAGCAACUUAACAACGUACAGAGAGGUUUUGCACAGAAAUUGACGAGAGCAUACAGAACAGUCUCUCUAAACUCCUCACUGAUACUGUCCGGACUACUCCCACUUGAUAUUCGAAUAAGGGAAGCAGCCGCACUUUACGAGGCCAAGAAGGGGGUGCCCCGGGCAGACUUGGGAGGGAGGGAAGUAGAGCGGGUCGUUGCACAUGGGAAGACUCCUCAUCCGGCGGAACAUAUGAAUCUGGAGUUCAUAUGUCUGACCAACCAGGAGCAGCUAGAUUGCCACAACCUGCAAUCAAUUAGAAUAUACACGGAUGGCAGUAAGAUUGACGGCAAGGUCGGGGCAGCGCUGUCACUAUGGAACAGCGAAGCCGAGACCAAAACCGUAAAAUUAAAACUGUCACCGUAUUGCACGGUUUAUCAGGCGGAACUCUUGGCCAUAUGUGAAGCCACCAGGAUAAUUCUGGAUCGCCGGGAGGGGAGUUUUGGCAUAUACAGCGACUCAAAAUCUGCAUUGGAGACGAUCUCAAAUAAUGACUCGAAGCACCACUUGGCAGUUCAGUCGCGGUCAAAUAUUAAAGCUAGUAUACUCCAGAACAAGGAGAUAUCCCUGUUUUGGAUAAAAGCGCACGCCGGACUGGAAGGCAACGAGAGAGCGGAUGCACUGGCGAAAGACGCUGCGAAGAAAAUGAAGACAAUACCAAACUACGACCAGUGCCCGGUCUCGUUCGUCAAGCGACAGAUCCGCAAGGAAUCGCUCGAGGAAUGGAACCGGAGAUACAUGGCAGGGGAAACUGCUGGUAUAACAAAAGUUUUCUUCCCAGAUGCAGUGAGAGCCUAUGAAAUAGUAAGGAAGAUAGAACCCACGGGAGUGCUAACCCAGGUCCUCACGGGGCACGGGGGAUUCUCCGAUUACUUGCACCGGUUCAAGUGCAAGGAGAAUCCGUCCUGUGCCUGUGAACCAGGCGUCAGGGAAACGAUAACGCACUUACUAUUUGAAUGCCCAAUAAAUUUGAAAGCCAAACACGAAACAGAACAAGCCCUGAAUCAUGGGGGCCCGCAGGAGCCAAUCGAAGCCGAUGUUCCACAACACCGGCCCGAGAACCGAUCCCUGCGGGACCCCAUUGAGCACCUUCCGCCGCUCUCGUUGCCCGCCACUCCCCGUCCAGGAUAUCCACCUAUCCUGGAGGUAUGA